GGCACUUGCAGCAGCGGCUCGGUGGAGACGGAGCGCUUUCACUCACUGUGGAGACAAGUUAAGAGCGACACGCUGCUGACCUGAGCAUCCUCCGGGGAAACAGCGCAGUUGAAUCGCUUAACGAGCGUCAGUUUUCAUCGCUUCACCGCAGAUCAUUUGUUGCUGUCGUGGCUCCGCUGUUCAGCAGUCCGAAGGCUGUGCAACCCAGCGCGCUGACGGAUACAGAGACCACGAGGAUCACAGAUGGACAGGCUCACACCUGAGAUGUGAAUUGUGUUAUGUGAGCCAAGGUGUUUUCCCACCUCGCUGGUGGUGGGGAGAGAUGCUGCACUACGUUGCCAUGACAGCAGAAGUUUUCUUUGUUCUUGGAUUCCUGAUGAGCAGCACUCAGUGCAAUCCUGUAGCGACCUUACCAGCCACCCGAGAACGUCUAGAAAGGGUGUUGACCCAAGCCAGGGAGGACCAACAUCAGGAUGAGCAGGCCCCUGAGGAGCUUCUGGGAUUCAGCUCUCAACAGCUGCAGGAAGAAAUGAAUGGCUUGGGCACCAACAGGACCAUCGGCAGCCGCACCAAGCCCAACCUUAAUUCCCAGACGCGAAAAUCUAAGGGCGCAAAGACUCAGGAACUAUGGAGUGAAUCUGACAGCCUGAACCAAAUAGAUGAGGGGCCCACCAGUGAUGUCCCCCUGUCCCUGGACGCCAUUGAUGAGUACGCCUACCCAGAUUACAGGGGGAAAGGAUGCAUGGAUGAGAGCGGAUUUGUGUUUGCCAUCGGUGAGCAGUUUACUCCAGGCCCUUCCACAUGCCCUUGCCUCUGCACGGACGAGGGCCCGAUGUGCUCCAAGCCAGAAUGCCCCAAGGUUCAUCCUCGCUGCAUUAAGGUGGACACUAGCCAAUGCUGCCCGCAGUGCAAGGAGAAAAAGAACUACUGCGAGUUUCGGGGCAAGAGCUACACCUCUCUGGAAGAAUUUAAGGUAUCUCCAUGUGAGAAGUGUCGCUGUGAGCCAAGCGGAGAGGUGUUGUGCUCCGUAUCAGCCUGUCCUCAGACAGAGUGUGUGGAUCCAGAGUACGAGCCGGAUCAGUGCUGUCCCAUCUGCAAGACUGGACCAAAUUGCUAUGCGGACACAGCAGUGAUACCGGCUGGUCGAGAGGUGAAGAUUGACGAGUGUACAAUCUGCUACUGCACAUACGAGGAGGGCACAUGGCAGAUCGAGCGUCAGGCCACCUGCAGUAAGAACGAGUGCCAGCGGAGCUAGAGACUGGCAAGGCGAGAGGGGACAUUGGCACACAACACCAGCGCCAAUCUGCAUGUAAACUCUCUGGCCUUUCACCAAUUCUAACGGACUUCAGGGUUGACAACUACCCUUGAGCAUUUCAGUAUUUGUAGUCACUCCUGUAUUACAGAAAAAAAUACUUUUUUGAAAGUUUAUAAUCCACACACAGAAUAUCUAUUUAUCUAUGUAUUGAAUUAUUUAUGAACAUAUACAAAUAUAGGAGUCAUUAUUGCUGAACUAGUAAAAAGUAUUUUUUAUAACCUCUGUAUUUUAAUAGGCAAUGUAUUGGACAAGAGUUCAAUUGAACAACAGAAUGUAUAGAACACACACAGCUGUCUUUGGAGGUGUACACCUCUGUGUCUCAAACGUCUGGUGCCAUCUCACAAAUCAUGACACCUGUCCCUCUAACACCAAAGUGUAGACUCGAUCAUGUGCAAUCCAUUCAGGGAUAAUGGGUAAGAAUGAACUGUGUUAGAAGAUACUGCAAAAACAAUGAGAAAAAACAUGGAAAUUUAAGAGGAAUCAACUGUUUUCUGAUUUUUUUUAUCUUUGGAUGUUGAAAUGUGUUUUCCUUUGAAAGUGCAUUUUUGUAUUUUUCUUGGUACUGUAUGUUCAUGUUUCAAAUAAAUGCCAAUCUGUGCUCUGUAAAUGAUCAAAUGCAACUUUUCAGUUGUAGGUCUACAUGUUAAGUCUUUGCUGGAAAAAUUGGGGGUUUCCUAUUCACUGACUUCCAAUUAAAUUAAAUAUUCACGAUUUGAGGCAGAAAAUGAUAUUGAGAGGGGAUGGUAGGUUUGAAAGCUACAAACUUGGACAAGGCUUUCUCUCUUUUAAAGUUUCAGUACAAAACUGUUUGUGCGAAAAACAGCGGGUUAAUAUUUAAUGAGUUGUCAGGAUGAUAUUUAGAUGUUUACUAAUGCAGCAGUUUCAUUUUUCAAUGGCUGUAAGCAUCACAAUAUCAACAAGAGAGGUUGGAAGUGAGAAAGAAAUAGCUAACCCUGAGGUUUUAACUCCAUUAAUGCAACUAAAGGUAAAAAUACUUAGGUAUCUUAUGUUUGAUUUGAAGAAGAGUAAUGAGUGCAUGUAUCUGGCAGAGUCAUUGUGCUCCUACUGUGGGUCAAGAUGAUUUUGAAUAAUUGAAGUCCAUGUUAUGAGCCCUGGAGGGCAUAAUAUGAGAAAUGAAAAGAUGAUGGGUUUUUCUUUUUCCUGAUAUGUUUUUUUUGAAUUUGUUGCACAUCACUCCGGUUGUCACUCUUUGUAAUGUGCUGUCCAUUUCACAACACUCUCUGAAAAAGGGGUUGCCAGACAACGUUGUUGCAUCUCCAGCAGAGAGACGUGCCUGUCAGCCAGCCGGCAGGAUCGAGGUAAAUAAGCCUAAAUGCAUGUACAUGCUAGGUGACAGGCUUCUGCAGAGCAGCAGGGGUGCAGUGGCACAGAUCUAUUAAGCGUUUCUGAACAGCCUUAACUCCUCAGCUUCAAUGACUGUAAGGGUCCUCUCAAACAACACUCCUACAUUCAAGGAAAACAGGACUAGUGCUUCUGCAUACAAGUAGAGAAUGAUAUUAUAGGAUGUCCCUCCUAUCCACCAAUCCUCACUCAUAAUACAAAGGGCUCAUUUUAAUGUGUCAGGUUCUCCACCCUCAGUUUUCUUCUAUGUUGAGAAAUGACUGCUGUGCCCUCUCCUUCUUUAAUUUAACAAGAUAAUAAUCCCUCAUGUGAAAUUGCCCAGGCAGCUUUCCUGCUGUCUAACAUCAGUGAAUGAAUGACUCUGACCAUGGAUGUUAUCUAUUAGCCCUAUCUGUUCUCUCCAGGUCAUUAACAUUAAUAACUGGCUUUAGAGCAGUAAAAAAAUGUGCAGAUAUUUAAGAUCAGAAGGAGAGAAAAAUAAUGAAAGCUGUGAUUAAGGCUGACUUUAGAGUCUACUCAUCAGAAAUAAGGCGAGCAAUUUCCUCUGAAAUAAAAUUCCCAGUGUAGUGGGCAUCUAAACUUCUUCAAAGAGAGGCCAUUAAUUGGACACAUCUGUUGAAGAAACCCCUAAGAGAUUAGCCUAGUCUCCCAAACGUAGUUACUAAGUAAUUAGGCUUCUGUCCUUUUCUGGACAAUGCACACUGCCGCCUUGAGACAAGAUGUGCUCAUAUUACAGAAGGUGAUGAAAUUCCUUAUUCAUUUAAAGCAACCGGCUCUGUCAUUUGAAAUGAAGGUAACACAAAAUGGCUGAAACUCAUAGCGCUGAUCAACAAAAAAAAAGUUGAAACCUUCCAGAAGUGUUAGAACAAGAAUUGAGUAAUGAAUCAACCAACCAAAGACAAAACAGGGCUCUCUCUC